AUGGCCGAUAGCUUCAAAGCUGCCAAGGGCAGGCUCGUGCAGGGAGCGGCGCCCCAAUCCUCCGACUUGGAAGACACGGCCGACUUCAUCGCGAACUGGAACGCCUUGGUGUCGACGUACACAUCCCGCGACCUCACAUACGCGUCUGCUGAUGAUGCAAUUCCUUUGGUUCCCCAAAGUGACAGUCAACAGGCCGUCCGUCCUCCAGGACCAGCCGUCUUGGGCCUGGACUUCGACCAUGGGCGCAUCUGGUUCCACGGCCCUGUGCAAACCUCCAAGCCGCUUGUCGACAGCAUCCGCAUACAUCCAGGUCCGUCUCCAGCGCCGCCACCCGAAACAGCGCCACAUGUUACUUCAACAACCCCCAGCCCGUACCAGUCGGGCGCCGCCUUUGUGGACCUCUUCAGGUUCCAGCCGCGGUCCAUGUAUCUCGUCGGCGGCGCGGCCGUGUCUUCGCAGAGGGUCCUCCACAUCACCGACGCGGACGCGAACCCGGUCGGCUGGGUCGUGUUCGACCUCGGAGAGGUCCCACCAGCGGCGCAAGCCCUCUACGUGGCUCGUGUCUCUGAGAAUGAGGUCGCCGACCGGUUUGAUGGGUUCAAUGACAUGUUGUUGGCGGAGUCGGCAGGUUCGGCAGAUGGAGAGUCUGAUACGAGGGGGUUCACGAGGGUCCUCAACAGCGCCAUCCAAAGCUUCUUCGGGCUCAAGAAGAUGGCGACACGGCAGCAGUGCGGCGAGUACGUCUUCUGGAACGGCGCCGCCCACGUCUCGCCCACCCCCGUGCAGGGUGCCUUCAGCUACACCGCCUGGUGA